CGGUCGCGUUCUCUCCCUGCCAUUUUUCUUUCUCAGCGAAGCUCUUCUGUAGUCGAGAACUCUACCGAAACCACAUUAAAGAUCGCCGUUACGAAUUUGAAAAAGCCUAAAAAGACUCCUCUCGAAUCUUUACCUUUCUUUCUUUUAUGUGUGCGUUUUCACAUUUGCUGAUUUUCUGGUGUUGGUGUCGUCUCUACGGGAAUCAUCACCGAUGGCGGAAGCUGAACGGUGCAGGUUUAGUGUAGGUUAUGCUUUGGCCCCCAAGAAACAAAGCAGCUUCAUCCGAGACUCCCUCCUUGUUCUUGCUAGGUCUCACGGCGUCGAUCUUGUCCACAUCGACCCCACCCGCCCCCUCGUCGAUCAGGGCCCCUUGGACUGCGUGCUCCACAAGCUGUACGGAGAUGAAUGGAAUCGGCAGCUCACAGAGUUCCGCCUCCGUUACCCUAAUGCGGUCAUCGUCGACUCCCCCCACUCCAUUGAGCGCCUCCACAACCGAAUCUCCAUGCUACAGUUCGUUUCGGAGCUUAGAAUCGAGUCCCCGAACGAGAUGUUCGGUAUCCCCAAGCAAAUCGUCAUCUACGACAAGGAAACCCUCUUCGAUCGGCAAGCCUGGGAGAGCCUUAAGUUCCCUGUAAUCGCGAAGCCCUUGGUUGCCGACGGCAGCGCCAAAUCGCACAAAAUGAACUUGGUGUUCAACCACGAUGGUCUCAACGAGCUCAAGCCCCCGAUUGUCCUCCAAGAAUUCGUGAACCACGGCGGGGUUAUCUUCAAGGUCUACGUCGUCGGCGUGUACGUCAGGUGCGUGAAACGCAAGUCGUUGCCGGACAUCUCGGAAGAGAAUUUGGGUACUGUCUCUGAAAGCGUAUUGUCGUUUUCGCAGGUAUCGAAUAUCGCUACCAACGAAAAGGUCGACGACAAAUACUACAAGAUGAUGCAUUUUGACGACACCGAAAUGCCGCCGCAGAGUUUUCUCACUGAUGUCGCCGACGGGUUGCGGCGCGCCAUGAAAUUGAACCUGUUUAACUUCGACGUCAUUCGGGACGCGAGGUUUGGGAAUCGCUACCUUAUAGUUGAUAUCAAUUACUUUCCCGGAUAUGCGAAAAUGCCGUCUUACGAGACCGUAUUAACGGAUUUUUUCUUGGAUGUGGUUAAUAAGAGAACGGAGAUAGUGUAUAGUUGUGACGAAGAUAUGACAAAGAUCGUCAGCAAUACUUUUUGCAGUGAUGAAGAUGAAAUUGGCCGGAAAGUUCGGACGGAUAGUUCGAUUAAAUUCUGACUUAAAUGUAAAGAAAAUAACCCCGUGAAUUGGUUGAAGGGAGUAAGUUGGUAGUAUUGAGUUUAGGUAGGAGAUGGCUUUGGCACUGUAGGGAAAUGAUUAGGUUUCGAUGAUGGGUUUUAGAUUUUUAUCCUCUUGACAGCAAUAGCAUAUUGUUUCAUGUUGAUGAUUUAUAUUCCUUCCGCAGUUUUACUCUGGAGAUAGGUACUAAUUUCUCUAAUACUCUUGAAGGCUUUAGGGAACUUCAAAGUUGUACAGGCUUCAAGUCUUUCUUUGCUUGAAAAACUGAUCUUACCUGGUGACUUUGGCACCUUUAAUGAAUGAAAUUCGUCAUUUUGUGCA